AUGGUUGCUUUGGGAUCAUUGUUUGUUUGCGAAAAAGGUGCUGUUGAGAAGGGCGAGAUGCUCUGGCGACUUGGCCACAUGGCUGUCGCAACAUCCUGGCAGACCCUGAUUGGAAUGAGAGGACCAUAUGAUGCCUGUGAUGGGAUUCAAUUGGUCCUCACAGCACUUCUUGGUCAGACAUAUGCACUUCUAUCAAGUAGCGCCAGUGUCCGUACCACUGCAUCCGUGUUUCACGGUCUGGGGUUCUACUGGGCUAGAAACUCUGGCAUGUACAUGAUACAAGACAUUCUCGCGGACGGAAUACCAACCUUGGAUAUGCCGGAAGCCGACAAAAAUACUGUCUGGAGAAAAUGGGCCGCGACUGAGGUUCAACGCCGAGUGAUUCUUGGUCAUUAUAUUCUCGAUGGCCUAAUAUCACAAGCAUCUGGUUCUCCAGCGAGUGCACGACAUCUGAUAAACAGUAUUGACACAGCCUGCUCCGAUACUGUCUUCGCUGCAAAAACUGCUGACGCUUGGAUUCUUGAGACCACCCGGUCAUCACGAGUCCAAAUGCCAAUGUCAGAAGCAUUUUACCGUGUCUGCUCUCCAGGAUACUCAACAAACCCAACGUAUCUGUCGCAGUUCUCAAUUUUCGUUAUUAUUGAAGGGUUACAAUCUUUGAUUGCUGAUCUUCACGAGGUUCGAGGUCAUGUAUUUGGGACCGUUUCUCGGCAGGAAGUAGUACGAGCGAUGCUUAAUAUAUUCCAGGGAAAUAUUAUAACGAUGUCGCAGCCAAGGAGUGUCCAUCAUCUACAUCUUCUCAUUAGGUGGCACUGUAUCUUCAUUGAGGCGACCGCUCCUUCAAUCUCGAUUUAUCGAUGGAUGUGCAAUCGCUACCAGCUCCCUCAAACAUUGGGUGGAAUCCAUGCCAAGAGCCGACUGGAGCAGUUUGAUGUCAACCAUUGGGCAGAGAAGGCUGACGCCUUCCGCGCAGUUUUACAUGCAAUAUCCAUCACACGGCUAUUGGAUGAUCUGCCUCUAAAUCAGGCCUAUACCAUGCAUAUUCCUACUGCCGUCUUUACCUCAGCUAUGGUGAUCGUUACUAUGUGCCUUUUAAAGCAGAGUAUCAUUGAAAUCCCAGAGAACUAUACGUGGACCGACGUAUGGGCUAGCCAACUUGAUGAUGAACAUGAAUCAUUAGAUCACGGACUGGCCCUAGAAGAACUCAUGAGAAAGUUAAACCCCGAUGACAAAGUCCCGAUGGUGCCUAUUCACCUGCUAGACGAGAUCAACUCCUUACAACACAUUCUCAAGACAGUUGCCUCGAGAUGGGGUGUUUCUGCUCAAAUGGAAGAUUUAAUAUCACGUCUCGCAGUCAUUGCGCGUGAAAGAAGAGCUACGAGCUUUUGA